AAUGGAUAUCUACGAAGACAUAAAUGAAAAAUAUUAUCGACAGCGACGUAGAUAUUCCUACCACGAUGAACGUGAAGAAUCAAGUGAUAGUGAUAUAGAACUGCGGCUCAUUCGAGAAUUUAGAGAGAAAAGAAAGAUAGGGCCACUAACAGAUCCAAGAUGGGUACCGCAAGGGUUAAGAAUACCAGAGGCGAGCAACAUCGCCAUACAAGUCACUCCACCAGAUGGCGAAGAAGAUGACGAGUUUGUGCCGACGCUGCGUAUGCGCCGGAAACUGAGCACGCCGCUCAGUGCGAUGCCCGGAGUAACUGAUGGACUGAUUAACUUACCAAAUCUACGCGCUUCUCCAUCGCGAUCAUUAUCGCCGUUGGAUCGCACGAAGCGACGUUUCAGCACUAUGGUCUCAAGCAGCACCGCCGCAGCAGUGUCCCGGCGGCUCUCGGCAACUAUCGGCUGGUGUCUGGCCAGCCCCACACAAGUCAAACCACAAAUAGUCCGACAAGGACGCGCUUUAUGCCUACAAUACAUUAAGACACAGAUUAGAAGAUCCACUUUAUGCGAAAAAAAGCAAAUAGUAAUGAAACGGUUACAACGAAUGCUCGAGACUGAAUGCGGAGAGGAAGCUGUGAGUAACUCGGAGUCUGGAGUGUUGGUGGGGCUCCGGGCGUUGUGUGCUGCUCUGGAGAGGAAGCGACCUGACGCAUUCCGGCAAGUGGCCAGGCAGGCCACUCGCGCCCCCUCCGCCAUGCUGCGCUCAGAUACAGCAUUAGCGGAACUCGCCCUUGCACUAGCGAGACGCAUCACUAGGGAAAAUAUUACAUGGUCUAAGAUAGCAGCUGUUUAUUGUAUUUGUGGGGCACUGGCGAGGGAAGCUGCCGAGGCUGCGGAUGGAGAACCAGCUCUUGAGCUGGUGUCAGCUCCUGCAGCUGCCAUUGCUGACCUUCUUCACGAGGAACCUGGCUCCUGGAUUGCGUCUCACGGUGGAUGGAACGGUCUAGUGGAGCGGUUACUGGCCAGUGAAAGAGAUCAGAGAUCUGAGAAGAACCUUCGCGUAUUGGUGUCAUUUUUCGUGAUAGCGUGCAUCAGUUUAUUAUUAUUUAGAUGGGUCCUACACGCACACCCUGCAUACAACGACUAAAACCUCCUAUAGCUAUACCUAAUUUUAAUAAAAACCCAUCCAGAAAUGUAAAAAUCUACGCCAUGUUGCGGAUUCACUGAGACUUUAAAACGAUUGUUGCGCCAUCUAUGGUUUUUAUUAUUUUUCUGGUGAGGCUUUAGUUAGUUGUGACGUUAUGAUACUAGAUUAUUAGUUUUAUUUUAGGUGAAUAUUGUUUCCUUUAGAUAUAAUAAAUACCAGAGGUAGCGAAAUAAAUAUUUAAUUGAGUGUGUCUACAAAGAAUAUUGUAUUAUGACCCCAGAACCCAAAAAUAUAUCUUACCCUAAGACUGUUUAUUUGCAUGAGGUAUGGUAAUUACAGGUGAUAAUGAUUAUAAAAAAUAGUCCCACAUACAUCGCCUACUGUUUUCGGCAUGCAAAGUUACAUGUAACAAAGGCACUUUUUUUAAAAGAAUGAUCAUAACUAUUGGGGUUGCCUUAUGAGCUAAUAUAAAUCAUUAGACAAUAAGGUGGUCUUAUAUACCCACCAGUAUUGACUCCUGGCUAAAACAAUGUGCACGGUUUAACGAAAACAACAUCUUUUAAGGCAUAGAAUUCCGUACUUUCCUUACUCAAAAAUAAAUUAUUUGGACUGUUCAAUGCAAUAGAAUAUUAUAAUAUAAUCACA